GAUCCUAGAACUCACCAACAAGAUUAUUGAGCUGCUGACUGGAGAGGUUCCUAUAAGGUUUCAGGAUAUCACCGUCUAUUUCUCUAUGGAGGAGUGGGAGUUUUUGGAAGGACACAAAGAUCUGUACAAGGACGUCAUGAUGGAGGAUCACCAGCUGCUUACAUCACCAGAUGACUGUACCAGAAUCUCAGAUGGGCAUGUGACAUCUUCAGGUUUUAAAACAGAGGAUUAUGCUAUUACACAAAAUACAAGUGAAGAACAUGCCAUAAUCCCAGAUGUACCCUCAGGUCUUCUCAGCAAAGAUUCAUCAUGUGAUUCUUUUAAAUAUGUCCAAUCUUCUGAUUUAUCACAGAUGGCAAAGGAACAGAAAAGCCACAAAAUGGGUGUUGAACAUCAAACAGAGGAGAAGCCGUUUUCAUGUUUACAAUGUGGAAAAUGUUUUAAACAUAAAUCUGCUCUUGUUAUACAUCAGAAAAUUCACACAGGGGAGAAGCCAUAUUCAUGUCCAGAAUGUGGGAAAUGUUUUACUGAUAAGUCACAUCUUCUUAGACAUGAGAGUAGUCACACAGGGGAGAAGCCAUAUUUAUGUUCAGAGUGUGGGAAAUAUUUUAGCCAGAAAUCAGAUCUUGUUAGACAUCAAAUAACACAUACAGGGAAAAAGCCAUUUUCAUGUUCAGAAUGUGGAAAAUGUUUUACAAAAAAAUCUAAUCUUGUUACACAUCAGAGAAUUCACACAGGGGAGAAGCUAUUUUCCUGCCCAGAAUGUGAGAAAUCCUUUACUCAUAAAUCAUAUCUUGAAAAGCAUUUAAAAAUUCACACAGGAGAGAAGCCAUAUUCAUGCUCAGAAUGUGGAAAAUGUUUUACAGAUAAGUCGAAUCUUGUUAUACAUAAAAGAAGUCACACAGGAGAGAAACCGUAUUCAUGUACAGAGUGCGGCAAAUAUUUUAUCCAGAAAUCUGAUCUUGUUAGACAUCAACUAACUCACACGGGGGAGAAGCCUUUUUUGUGUUCAGAAUGUGGGAAAUGUUUUACUCAGAAGUCAACCCUUGUUUGCCAUCGAAGAACUCACAGAGGGGAGAAACCUUUUUUAUGUUCAGAAUGUGGAAAAUCUUUUAAUUGUAAAUCAAAUCUUCUUAAUCAUCAUAAAAAUCAUACAGGGGAGAAGCCAUAUUCAUGUUCAGAAUGUAGGAAAUGUUUUAAAGAUAAGUCAUAUCUUCGUAGACAUGAGAGUAGUCACACAGGGGAGAAGCCAUAUUCAUGUUCAGAGUGUGGGAAAUAUUUUAGCCAGAAAUCUGAUCUUGUUAGACAUCAAGUAACCCACACGGGAAAAAAGCCUUUUUCGUGUUCAGAAUGUGAGAAAUGUUUUACUAAGAAGUCAACUCUUGUUUGUCACCGAAGAACUCACACUAGAGAGAGAAGAGACUUUCUUGUUCAGAAUGUGAAAAAUGUUUCACAGAUAAAUCAUAUAGAAACAUAGAAUGUGUCAGCAGAUAAGAACCAUUUGGCCCAUCUAGUCUGCCCAAUAUACAGAAUACUAUGAAUAGC